AUGGUUCUCCUAACACCACCACGAACUCCGGCCCGAGCUGCAACGGCGAUAGCCGGCUCAUCGAAGCGGCUUAUGGUGAAUUUCAUCGGUUCGAUGUCUUUGUUAGCUUUGUGGUUGAAGAAAGCAAGCCGAGGAAUUAAAACUCAAAAACUCGGGAGCGAUUCCCCCAAAUCGCCGCUAGCGAGGCCGAAGAAGUUCCUCGCGACGAUUAGCAACAAAGCGAUUAAUCUGAGGCACAAGAAGAAGGCGGAAGGAGAGCUUGUUGAUGAGGAUUUCGGCGAUGGAGGGCUUUGGCAGAGGGGGAUUUUGAUGGGAGAUAAAUGUCAGCCGUUGGAUUUCUCCGGCGUGAUUUAUUACGAUAGCGAAGGGAAUCGAUUGCAGGAGGUUCCGAUGAGAUCGCCGAGGGCGAGUCCGAUGCCGAGUUAUCUUAAUUACGCUUCACCCAAAGUGAAGUAG